AUGUUGAACUUUAUAAAAUUUUUUCUUACUUAUUUAAUAUUAUUCAAUACAAAAUUUCUGUGCAUCAAAGACCAAUACGCUUGUCAAUUUUUUAUAAAUAAUUACAAAUUUUAUAAGGAUAAAAGUAUAAGGAAAAAUUAUUUAAAAAGAAUAACCUAUUUAAAUUUAAAAAAAAGAUUAGACCCAAGUAAUAAAUACACAGUGAUAAAAAGGCAUGAAGCAAAAGUUCAAAGGAAUUUAAAGAGGAAAUACCUUAUUGAACAAUAUAAAGAAAAGAGAGAAUUAUUAAAAAAAUAUGUAUCUGAAGCAUCAUCGCCCAUUGAAUAUGUUUUCUGGAAAUAUAAACUUUCCACUUUACCAAGAGAUUCUUGCCCAGUUAGAUAUAGAAAUCGAUGUGCAAUAACAGGAAGAGCAAGAGGUUAUUACUCAUUUUUCGGUUUGUGUAGACAUCAAGCACGUGCACUGAUACAAAAAAUGUUCUUUCCUGGUUUUGUAAAAGCUAGUUGGUAA